UCAGCAGGCCAACGCAUAGACGAAGAAUCAUAUACAUCAUGGCGGCAACGCUCCGAACUCGACAAGAUGGCCGAUUUACCCCAGGCUCUGGACGACGAACUCGCGCGUCUUGAUAAUCAAUUUUGGAUCCCUAGAACCAAACUCGAGGAGAUUGUUAGCCGCUUCUGUGAAGAACUGGAAGAAGGCCUCGCUAAAGACAAGCAAAACAUCCCCAUGAACAUCACUUGGGUGCACAAUCUACCAACAGGGAAAGAGAAGGGUACAAUAAUGACACUGGAUCUCGGUGGCACAAAUUUGAGGGUUUGCAAAAUAGACUUGUAUGGAGAUGAAGGCCGAAAACAAGGAGACGGCAAAUACGGCAUGGAGCAAGAACAAUACAAGUUACCGGAAGAGCUGAAAAAGGGAGAAUCCGAUGCUCUCUGGAAUUUCAUUGCGGAAAAAGUGGAGGCUUUCUUCAAGGAUCAUAAAUUGGACCAGCAGUAUAGCACGCAGAAGCCUAUGCCACUGGGAUUUACUUUCAGUUAUCCAGCAACGCAAGAUCGUAUCGACCACGCAGUCUUGCAGACGUGGACAAAAGGGUUUGAUAUAAAGGGUGUAGAAGGCCAGGAUGCUGCGAAGCAGCUUCGAGAAAAGCUGCAAGAGAGAAAGUUGCCAGUCGACUUAAUCUGCGUCAUUAACGACACUGUCGGUGCGAUGAUCGCGUCUGCCUACAACGACCCAGAGACCAUAAUAGGCGGCAUCUUUGGUACAGGAUGUAAUGCAGCGUUUAUGGCUAGCCUAUCCAGCAUCGCAAAACUAGAUCCAAACGACGAAAGAAUCACAGACGCAUCAUCUCAUAAUGGAGCGGUCAAGGGCGAAGAGAAAAUGGCCAUUAACUGCGAAUACGGCGCUUUUGACAACUCGCACCGUGUCCUCCCUCGCACGAAAUACGACGAGAAGAUCGAUGCAGAAAGCCCUCGGCCUGGCGAGCAAACUUUUGAGAAACUCUCCGCUGGUUUGUAUCUAGGUGAGAUAUUCCGCCUCAUAUUAGUCGAACUCCUAGAUCGCGGCCUUGUCUUCAACCAGGAUUCAAAUCAAGAUACGAGAAAGCUGCGUGAGCCAUACAUCAUAGACACGGGGUUCCUUUCUCAGAUCGAGGACGACGAGUCACCUAAGUUCACCAAAACACGCGAACUCUUCCAGUCUACACUCUCCCUCCAGCCAUCAGACGUUGAGAUUGAACUCUCACGUCGACUGGCUGAGAUGAUCGCGGUGCGCGGUGCCAGAUUAUGCGCUUGUGGUGUUGCUGCCAUCUGCACCAAAGAAGGUAUCAAGAAGGGCCAUGUGGCUGCAGACGGUAGUGUAGCAAACAAACAUCCAAAGUUCAAGAGAAGAUGGACUAAAGCUUUGGGUGAGGUGCUGGGGUGGAAGGAGGAGGAAUGUGGGGAGGGCGAAGGCCCGAUCAUCAUUACUAGUGCCGAGGAUGGGAGUGGACUUGGUUGUGCGAUCAUCGGUGCUAUGGAGUUGGAGAGAAGG